AUGGCUACACUGAUCCCUCCUCCUUCGAAGAAGCAAAAAAAAGAGGCACAGAAACCUAGAGAGGUUGAUGUUCUCCCAAAGGACCUACCUCAUGUUCUUGUUAAGUUUCAGGCAUUUGAUACUGGUAACACAAUUGGAGGUUCACUGCGUGUCCCUGGUGGUAUUUCCGAGAAGCAACUUGAAGACUUGUUAAAUCAAUUACAUGGUAACUCUGAGGACCCCGUUCCUUACAGUUUUGGUUGUGUUGUCACCGGUAAGAACAAAGAUGAACCGGAGCAGAUGAUCGAUAUAAAAGACAAUCUAUACAGCUCUAUUUUGAAGCCUGGUCACAAAACAACAGAAGACUUCCUCACUAUUGUCUUUACGCCAAGGGCCAUUUUCAAGGUUAAACCUGUUACUAGAAGUUCAUCAGCAAUUGCUGGGCAUGGAUCAACCAUUCUAUGUUCAGCCUUUGCACCUAACACUAGCUCAAGAAUGGUCACCGGUGCUGGGGAUAAUACAGCUCGCAUUUGGGAUUGCGAAACGCAUACCCCCUUGGCCACUUUGAAAGGACACACAAAUUGGGUACUAUGUGUUUCGUGGUCGCCUGAUGGGGAAUUGAUUGCGACUGGGUCGAUGGACAAUACUAUCAGGCUUUGGAAUUCAAAGAAAGGUGAAUCCGCUGGUGAUGCUCUAAGAGGUCAUGGAAAAUGGAUUACGUCUCUUGCAUGGGAGCCCAUUCACCUAGUCAAGGCAGGGGAUAAACCAAGAUUGGCAUCUGCAUCUAAGGAUGGGACCAUUAAAAUUUGGGAUGUGACAAGACGUGUUUGUUUGUUAACCUUAAGCGGACACACUAGUUCAGUUUCCUGUGUUAAAUGGGGCGGUCGUGGAGUCUUAUACAGUGGUUCUCAUGAUAAAAGUAUCAGAGCUUGGGACAUGAAUGCUGGCGGUAAAUGUAUUAACAUUUUGAAGUCACAUGCGCAUUGGAUCAACCAUCUCUCAUUAUCGACAGACUAUGCUCUUAGGUCGGGUGCGUUUGACCACAGUGCAGAGAUACCACAGUCGCCUGAAGCAGCUCGUGCAAAAGCGUUGAAGAACUACGAGAAAAUUGCUAUGAAAAAUGGUGAGAUUCAGGAACUAAUGGUCACAGCUAGUGACGACUUCACAAUGUAUCUUUGGGAUCCACUCAGAUCCACGAAACCAAUCACUAGAAUGACAGGUCAUCAGAAGUUAGUCAAUCAGGUGGCUUUCUCUCCUGAUGGCAGAUACAUCGUAUCGGCCUCAUUCGACAACUCCAUCAAGCUGUGGGAUGGAAGGAACGGAAACUUUGUCACAACCUUUAGAGGGCACGUAGCCAGUGUGUAUCAAGUGAGCUGGUCAUCUGACUGUAGAUACCUAGUUUCAUGCUCGAAGGAUACCACUUUGAAGGUUUGGGACGUGAGAACCAAAAAGCUCUCAAUUGAUUUGCCGGGACACAAGGAUGAGGUUUACACUGUGGAUUGGAGUGUUGACGGGAAGCGUGUGUGCAGUGCUGGUAAGGAUAAAAUGGUCAGGAUUUGGACUCAUUGA